CGUUCUAACAAAAGUCGUUGCUUAACAUAAACAAAAUAACUGCAUUCUCUUACUCUUCCCUUCUUCUCUAACAUUCAUUUCAUUCGCUCGCCAAAAAGUUUUUAUUCAAUCCAAUACCAAAAACGCUGCGUUUUCUCUCUCUCUUUUAUUCAAAUUUGAAAUUCAAUUCCACUUCUUAUCUGUGCCCUAACUCGCAUCGCUUUCCGGCUACACCAUGGCCAUCGCCUGCCACCAGAAACCGACCUCCGACGCAAACCUCUUCCGUCUCUGUCCCUUUUGGAGUUCCGGAAACGCACAUAAUCAAAACGAAGGAAACGCUCAAAAGUCCUCUAAAACGGUGUCGUCUGUCGCAAGGUCGUUGUUACCUCAUCGGCGUAGACUCCGUCUCGACCCUUCCAAUCAUCUCUACUUUCCAUAUGAACCUGGUAAGCAGGUUAGAAGUGCUGUUCGAUUAAAAAACAGUAGCAAGUCUUGUGUUGCUUUUAAGUUUCAAACUACGGCACCAAAAAGUUGUUACAUGCGACCUCCUGGUGGUAUUCUUGCUCCUGGAGAAAGCUUGAUUGCAACCGUGUUUAAGUUUGUGGAACAACCUGAAAACAAUGAAAAGUUGUCAGACCAGAAGAACAGGGUCAAGUUCAAAAUCAUGAGUCUCAAAGUGAAUGAAGGGGUAGACUAUGUGCCUGAGCUGUUUGAUGAACAAAAGGAUCUAGUUACAGUGGAACGAAUCUUGGGGGUUGUGUUUUUAGAUCCAGAACGGCCAAGUUCUGCGUUGGAAAAACUGAAAAGACAGUUGGCUGAAGCUGAUACUGCACUUGAAACUCGGAAGAAGCCUCCUGCGGAGACAGGUCCUCGAGCAGUUGCUGAAGGUCUUGUCAUUGAUGAAUGGAAAGAAAGACGGGAAAAGUACCUGGCCCGGCAGCAAGUUCAAGCAGUAGAUUCAGUGUAAAAUGCAUUUUGUUCUUCCAGCUAGUGCUUUCCUUCAGAUGAAGAUAAAUCAAGAUGCUAAUUAUGUCAACUUUUUUGCCAUCAACCUUGGAUGCAAUUCAAGAGAAGUGCUGGGGAAAUUGAUUGGGAGCCUAUUAGGAGUUUGGUAUAACAUAGUCUGUUGAUAUAAUUGUCAAAAUUCUUGUUCUUUGGAGGAACAGUCAUACCUGUAUAUAGUAGAGUUUGCUUGUUUGUAAAAUAAAUGCUAGUCUUCACUGACAUCCUUGUUAAAUAAUGUUUAAUUAAUGAUUAUUCAUGAUUGUAUCAUUUUUUUGUUGUGUAUCUUUGUUAUGAUCAAACAUAUACAUAAUCAUCGACUUGUGUACCGAAAACUUCUGGAUGAAAUGAACUCCUUCCCCCUUUCCACCA